UUUUUUUGUUGCAUUUUAGUGUUUCUGUUGCUUCGUUGUUUACCUCUUAUAUUUGAUGUGUUCCCCUCAGAUUUAGUUUGUUACCCGGAUUUUAUUUUUCUCAAUCGAUUUAUAAUUUUCCAAAUGAGGUGUAUUACUGUUGCCUUUAGUUAUCUAUUUGUUUAAUAUGUUUUAGCAUUUGGUUUGCCCUUUUGAUUAGGGACUUUCAGUUUUAAAUUUUCAUCGGAGUUCAGUAUUUUUUUGUGAUUUUAUUUUUGUAUGUUUAGUGUUUUGUUUUUAAAUUUGUAUUUAGAUAGUACAUGGUAUUAGAUUGUAUAUCAUGUUUGUCAUUUACACAAACUCCCUGUACAAAUAACUGUUAUCUUGGACAUAUGUAUUAAUAUCGGUGUUGAAAAAUAAUAAUAUUUGUUAAGAUUUUAUCUGCUAAAUAGAUCUUCUUUUCAGCAAAGGAAAACUUUCAUUUUAAGGAAGGCUUAUGUUAAAAGGGAACUGGUCAAUAUUAUAAGAAUCGAUGUGAAAUUAAAAAAUGGACUGGAAGGUGUUGACCUUUUUAGUAUGUUUGUAUGGCUUCCUAAAGGAGUUCCGACCCUCUGAAGCUUAUUUGUCAGAUUAUUUAACCGGGCCAUGGAAGAAUCUUACAAUCAAUGAAGUAAACAAUGAAAUAUACCCUGUAUGGACGUAUGCUUACCUAGUAUGGCUCGUUCCCGUAUUCCUACUUACAGAUUACCUUCGAUACCAACCAAUGCUGGCACUGGGAGGUGUAGCUUACAUAACCACGUGGUCACUGCUUCUUUGGGCACAAGGAGUUUUAGCAAUGAAAUUCAUGCAAAUAACCUUUGGCUUGGUGUCGGCAACAGAAGUAGCUUACUAUGCUUAUUUAUUUGCAAUGAUUUCAAGUGAUCGUUACAAGAUUAUAACAAGUUUCACAAGGGCAGCAACUCUUGCUGGUCGUUUUGCUGCUUAUUUGACCGGACAGUUGCUUGUAUCAUUUUACCUGAUGGAUUAUCACCAGUUAAAUAUAAUUUCGUUUGUGAGUGUUUCUCUGGCUUUUAUAUUAUCUCUUACUUUCAAAAGACCGAAACAUUCUUAUAUUUUUCAAACUGAAAAGAAACAUGUCGAUAAACAAGACUUUGUUGAGAUAGAACUAAACAAGAUUGGAUUAUCAACAAGUGAAGAAAAUUCGAACGAUCAUAAAAAUACUUUGAAACGAGGUUUCGUGUUUUUAUUGAGAGAAUUAAAGACAUUAUAUUCCGAUAAAACUGUGUUGAUUUGGUGCUGUUUUUGGGCCUUCGCAUCGUGUGGACAUCUGCAAGUGUCAAAUUAUAUCCAGAACCUUUGGGAGGUUAUCAGUCCAGCUAAGAAGGGAACAAUUUAUAAUGCAGCAGUAGAGGCCUUUGGAACUAUUAUAAGUGUGUUGAGCGUGUUAUUAUUUGGGUUCUUGCCUACUAACUGGUCACGGCCAGGAAUUUCUGAAACAAUUAUGGCCAUUGUUUGCUUCUUCAAUAUAGUAGUACUUAUCAUUAUGGCACAGUCUACUAACAUUUGGGUUUGCUAUGCAUUCUAUAGUGCAUUCAGAGCUACGUACCAUACAGUUAUUACUUUAGCAACCUUACAGAUUGCAAAGUCUCUUACCAAACAGAGAUAUGGCUUUGUUAUUGGAGUGAACAUGUUUAUAUCCCUUAGCGUCGAAACACUACUAACAGUUACAGUUGUGGAUAAAGCUGGUCUUGAUGUAGAUGUGCGAACACAGUUCAUGGUGUAUGGUGGAUAUUUUGGUGUUAUUGGGUGUGUGUUCCUAGCAGCAGCAUUUCACGCUGUUUACAAGAAUGGUUGCUCUUAUAAAGUCAACCAGCCAGCCGAUUAACUCAAACUGAAAU